AUGGCUCUUCUAACCAAAGGCAAUCUAUUUGGGGCGAUGCGUUGCUUUAUAUACUCGGUCGAAUGGCAAAAACGGGGUCUUCCCCAUAUUCACAUCUUACUAUGGCUAGAGCAGUGUAUCAUCCCAGAUAAGAUUGACAAUGUUAUUAGAGCUGAAAUACCUGAUCCUGAACAAGACCCUCUCCUCUACGAUAUUGUGAAGGCCAACAUGAUACAUGGCCCUUGCGGUAGUUUAAACCACAAAUCGCCCUGCAUGAAAGAUGGUUCUCACUUCUCAAGGAGACACAGACAGGAGGCGAUGGAUAUCCGCAAAACAGGAGGUUGUCUCCAGCUGACGGUGGUUACACAAUAA